CGCCUCCUCGCGGGGGCGGGGCCUCGGGGCGAGGAGCGGCCUGGGACUGUGACCAGACGUUUACCGCCCGGGAAUGGGCUCUACGCGCUACGUGCCCCCAGCGGCCUAGGCCGGAGCCGAGUGUUAACCGCCCCGCGAGGGGCCCCGCGGGGGCGCGGUCUCGGGGCGGGGCGCGGCGCGACCUGAGAUGGUGACAAGAGAGUUAACCGCCCGGAGGGGCCGUGGGGGCGGGGCCGUGGGGCGGGACGAGGCCUGGGGGAGGUGCUGGCGGCGGAAGAGGCCGGCGGGCUGCGCCCGGCGCGCUUCGGCCACUUUAGGCUGCGCUGCUCCGGAGGGCCGGCGACCUCCCGGCACGGGAAGCCCUGCGAGGUUCGAGGGCGGUGACAGGGGUGCGGGGCGCGCGAGGGGGAAGGUCCCUCGACAGGCCGAAAGGCGGCGAACUCGCGAGUCUCGAGAGCCCGGGACAGGUCGAUCCCGACCGAGAGCUCGACUUUCAGAAGAGAGACGCCCCAGCAAGCCUCUUUAGGGGAGUUCUCCAGCUCCUCACCUCCAUGGGCCAGACAGCCUCGGCAGGGGGCGGCGGCAGCAACACCCACACCCCGCAGGCCCUGUACCCUGACCUGUCUUGUCCCGAGGGCUUGGAGGAGCUGCUCUCGGCUCCCCCUCCUGACCUGGGGGCCCAACGGCGCCACGGCUGGAACCCCAAGGACUGCUCAGAGAACAUCGAGGUCACGGAAGGGGGGUUGUGCUUUGAACGGCGGCCCGUGGCCCAGAGCACUGAUGGGGCCCGGGGUAAGAGGGGCUACUCGAGGGUGCACGCCUGGGAGAUCAGCUGGCCCCGGGAGCAGAGGGGCACCCACGCUGUGGUGGGCGUGGCCACGGCCCUCGCGCCGCUGCAGGCUGACCACUAUGCGGCGCUGCUGGGCAGCAACAGCGAGUCGUGGGGCUGGGACCUUGGGCGUGGGAAGCUGUACCAUCAGAGCAAGGGGCCCGAGGUCCCCCGGUAUCCAGCCGGACGUCAGGGUGAGCAGCUGGAGGUGCCGGAGAGGCUGCUGGUGGUUCUGGAUAUGGAGGAGGGAACUCUGGGCUACGCUAUUGGGGGCACCUACUUGGGGCCGGCCUUCCGCGGACUGAAGGGCAGGACCCUUUAUCCAGCAGUAAGCGCUGUCUGGGGCCAGUGCCAGGUCCGCAUCAGCUACCUGGGCGAAAGGAGAGCAGAGGGAACUGGCCUUCAUCUGACCCCCGCCUGUGUGCGCCACGCCCUGGGGGAUAGGCGGCUAGGCCACGUUUCUGCUCUGCCCUUGCCCCCCGCCGUGAAGCGCCACCUGCUCUACCGGUGACCCCUGUGAUGCCACAGAUUGCGCUGGGGCCUUGACCCACCCCUCUGGGGGAGGCAGCACUGCUGGCCUAGACCAGCUGCCUGAAGCCGGUGAGGCUGGGUCCCACCCCACCCCAAGCUCUGGGGAGCACCACAGCCCCAGGGCCACCCAGAGGGUGGAAGGGAGGGAGCUGUUACUCAAGGCUGGGGCAGCCUGGUACACAAGACAUUUCUGCAAGUAAAAGUUGGAAGAGAUGUGCUGCUGUAGAAACCUGUUUGUGGGUUUUUUUCUUUUUCUUUUUUCUUUUUUUGCACAAGGGUCCCGUGGCUGCCUCAAAAGGGAAAAAGAUGAUCUGGACAAGUUCAGUGAAGAAGGACACACCCCAAGGCUUAGUGCCAGGUGUUUAUUUCCCGCACACGCGGGACUGCUCACAGACACAACACACACAGGCAUCGGCACCGUGGGAGGGGGCAGCAGCCCGGCCUCAGCAGAGGACAGGACUUUCUCUCAGCCCCUGACCUCAUGGUGUGAGAUGGGACAGGAUGGGUUCUUGCUCCUGCCUUCACUGGGGACUGAGGGGACCCAUAAGCAAACACCCCUCCCACCUCUCAGCCAAGCUAAAGCCACCUUGGUGACAGGUUGAGUUCCAACUGAUACUGUAAGUGGAAGCGGGAGUGGCCUGGUCCCAACCAUUACAGGGUAGGGUGUAAACGGCAAAGGAAGAGGUACAUUUUGGAUUAGGCCACAAGAGGCAGCAGGUGACACCAUCAGAAGCAUGUGUGAAGGUUGGGGGGGGUGGGCAGUACAGUUACUGGGCUUCUGAGCUACCUAGUCCCUGUCUCAGCAGGAAGGGUAGCAGAGACGGGCAGGGCUUAUUAUUUGGCAUUGAUGAUAUCCACGAAUUCAGGCUUGAGGGAAGCGCCCCCCACAAGGAAGCCAUCCACGUCAGGCUGGCUUGCCAGCUCCUUGCAGGUUGCCCCAGUCACAGAACCUGGGAAGGGAGAAGAGAGGGGGAGAGGUCAGGGAUGGGAAGGGGUACUCCAGCCCUACCUCCACGUCGAAGAAGGACUCAGUCGGGUUCUCAGCCCACUCCACCUCCGGCUGGAACCAAACCCACUUACCCCCAUAAAUUAUGCGGGUGCUCUGAGCCACUGCAUCAGAGAUGUUGGACUUAAGCCAUCCCCGGAGCUUUUCGUGUACUUCCUGGGCCUAGAACAAGAAGCUAGACUAAGACUUUCACUCAAAGGGGCAAAAAACGUGGGCACCACUGGAGACAGGCAGUGUGGUUUUGGGACAAGAACCCCGGGAUCUGAGAUAGAACACCGGGGCUUCGAUCCCACCCAGGUCCUGGAAUGGAUGUCCUUUGACAUGUCACUCUCUUUUCUCCUGUCUUUUAUUUUUAUUUAUUUUUUAUUAAUACCUUUAUUGGAGUAUAAUUGCUUUACAACGGUGUGUUGGUUUCUACUUUAUAACAAAGUGAAUCAGCUAUACGUAUACAUAUAUCCCCAUAUCUCUUCCCUCUUGCG